GUAUAAUUUAAUAUUUUCGACGUGUAAAGUUUUAAGGAGUCCGUUUUUAACAUUGUGUGGUGAAAUAUUUGAUUUUCCUGUUCUUUUGUAAAAUUUGUUCACUAACUGCAACAACCCCGCCGCCGUGGAAGUAACUUGCAGUGUUUGAAAGAAGAUCAGUUCAAUGAAAAUGACCGCUCCGCGACUAGUCGCCAGGGCUAGUCGCAGUAGAUUUUUCAUCGGCUUGGGCAUCUUAGUGCUUAUGGCCGGAUUCGUGGCCAUAUUUCAUAGCUCUCAGCAACAAUUAGAUGAACUACGUCAACUGGGGCUGCGUUGCGAACAGCAACAGGAAGCAAUUUCAGCCAAAAUGCAAGUUGUUGUUGAUCAAAAGCUGCGAUUGGAGAAUUCGUUGGCUUCGGAAAGAAUGAUUAACGAGCAAAGCCGCGCCGAGCAACAUCAGAAAUCCCAGGAUGAAAAGGAACAACACAGCAAAGUCACCAUGGAGGCGAACAUUCGAUACGCUUCCUUGCAGCAACAUUACAAUUUAAUGAAAAGUCAGCUGGAUGAUCUAACCGAGGAGUGUUCUUCUAGCAAGAAGAAACAAUUGGAGGAGAUAAAUUCACUUCGUCUUAAAGUAAGCGAACUGCAAGGAAAGGUUUCUUUGCACCAGAAGGAAUCAGCAAACGAUGUGGAGCAUCUCAAGGCCCAAGUUAAACAACUCACGAUAGACAAGACGAAUCUAGAAACUAACUAUCGACAAAGAUUAUCCUAUAAGGACAAGGUAAUCGAACAACUGAAGGAACUCAACAGCAAAAUAGAAAAAGAAAAUAACCAGUAUAUUGAACUGUGCAAGAUCCCUCCAGAGAAGAUGCCUCAUCACUACAAAGCCAGCGAAGUGUUUGCAGAGCUGCCGCCCAGUAUCCCCAACGAUGGACCGCUGCGAAACUUUGCCGAACAGAUAUCCGUGAGUGAAGAUUUGUAUAAAAUUCCAGUUAUGUUGCGCAAUCGUACUAACAAUUUUGAGGCUUUGCAUGGUAGUAAUGGUGUUGGUCCGGCAGUAAUCGAACAAGAACAGGAAAGUACGGGGGUCAUUGCUAAACCGUACGAUACUAACGACCGACGGGACAUAAAGAAGAAACCAAAUGCCCACAUGGUGGGAGCUGUUGACGGUGGCGUUAUUAAUUCUGUGGAAAAUUUUCAGAUCAUCCCAAAACCUAUGCCGCUAGUGUCCAACGACGAUGCUAACACUGACUCAAAAAAACAAAGCCCUCCGUCAAAUAAUGUGCUCCAGGAACCAGUGCUGGUUAAGACGUCGACUUCAAUUUCGUCCGCUCUUAGUAAAAAGACCUCUGAAAAGAGCGGCAACCUUCAAGUGCCAAUAUUAGCCGCUCCAACCGUAGGUUUCCCCGAUGGUAGUAAAUCGUCUUCCACCAGCACCACUACGCCAACUAGUGGUCUAGUGAAAAAACCUAGCAAAUUUCGUUCAAAAGCGCUUCCAGUCGGUGUCGUUCCCUACCCUGAAAACAUGGACGAUUUAAUGAAGGCAGACGAGAAUAAUAGUGAAAACGCAAUUAACAACCGCUACUUAAAUGUAGCUGCAUCACAUCAGGGCAAUGGCAACCAAAACAUAGAGCACCAGCAAAUGCGCAACGACAAGGACCUUAACUUUAUGAACGGUAAUGUGGAAUUGGAAAAUGGUGCCCACGAGGUGAAUGAUAACGACUUCAAUCUGGGCGGUGGUGGAGGAGACGGACACGGUAAUAACAAUCAGAAUCAGCAAUCGAAUGGUCUGCCUAAAGACGGCGGCGAUCAAAAUGGAGACACGGUAAAUGCUGCCGAAGAGGACACCAAUCUGGAAGACCAGAAAUUAUUCGGUAAUCUGCUGGUUCAACAACAGCAAGGGCCGCACGCCGAUUAUCCUGACAUGCACCGUCAUCUAGCCGAUGGCAAAAGGAAUGGCGGCGGAAAGGGUGCAAUUGGAGAAAAGCUAAUUAACGAGAUCGUUCGCGAUCAUGGCAAAGAGGGUGACAAUUAUCCCAAUGAGCUGGAAGAAGAUUUACAUUUACAUCAAGAAGCAGAAGACGAUGGGGGCGAUGUUGGCGAUUAUGAUGAUCCUGCCGCACUAAAGCAAGGACAUGCAGAGCGCAAUUAAGCUGAAAUAUCGCUGUGACAGUGACUGUCGAAAACCAUUCGAGGGCAUGAAAGAAGCACAUAUGGGCAUAUUUUUCUUCGUUUAAAGGUGGCCAAAUAUGCUCUGAAGACGCUCUUAUUACGCUAGAAAAUGACGAUGUGGUAAAUAUAUACCUGUCUAUCACCGAACGAUGAUUUUCCGUACUAUAAGCGGAGAUAUAAAUUGAGAUUUUUUGCAGAACUAAUGGCAAAAACAAUUUCAUUAUAUGAUAUAUGACUCUGCAUAACACUAGACUGUAAUAACUGAGACUCGGACAGCUCGAAUGCUAUAUAAGGAAAUAGUCCGCCACUCGUUAACUUUAGGUAUUAUAUUGGUUACAGAUAAAUUUGCUUAUCGUAAGUUUAGAAUGGACAUUGUGCAAGCAAAUCUUUUGUCUUUGGUUGGGUUCAACUUAAAAUAUUGAAGCACUGGUUUGGGCUGUUAUACUUUAUGUGCUUAUUGUCUAAAAGGGUUAGUUUAUUUCGUCCGGCACAAACAGGGAGAAGCAAAAACUAUCGAGUCGUACUAUAUGAAAAUCUUAAUUUUAAGAAAAACAAAUCACUUCAUUUAAAUUAAAAAAUAUACAUUACCGAUCACGGAGAAACCGAAAAACUGCCAAACAUGGCAGGGUCGUUAUGUCUGAGUAAUGUGUCCAAUCUGAAGAUAUUAGUUUACAUCUUUGCAACUAGCUAUUAUACGUAAGGUGCUUUAAAAGAUUCGAAAUAUUUUUUAUAUUAUUAUUAGCAUUAUUAUUAUUAUUUUCGUAUUGUUUAUCUGCUGUUUUAUAGUUAGUUGUUACUUUUCAUUUUUAUAAGCAAAACAGAUGUGCUUGAUCUCUUCCUGUUUCUAUGUUUCUGCUCAAAAUUGAAAUUUGAAAGCAAAAUUAAUCCUUUCACCUAGGUGUGACAAAUACUGCCACUCUACGCAAAUUACCCUCUUGUUCUUUGGGGGCGCUUAAUACUUGUGUGUAAAAAAAGCUAUUUUUGAACUGAUAGAAGACAAUUAUUACUUAGAUGAGACGAAUAUUGAAUGUCCUUUCGAAUUGUUCCUUUUUAUUUGCCAUAUUAUAUUCUCCGUCUUGACGUACUGAUUUGAUUACAUAGGUAAAUACGAUUACAUCCUCAUUACGUGAAAGAUUGCUAAACUGGUUGUUAUUUGCAGCUGUAUGUGGAAAUCAGUUUCUAUACGCAUAAAAUCCAUGAUAAACCCUCCACCAAGGUUAUGAAUCACGUUAAAUAAUUCGAGAAAAUAUAGUAAGGCAUUUCAUUCCUUUACGUGAACGUUAGAAUAGGUUUAAGGUAAAAUAAUAAAAA